GUCAUUGAAGUCGCUUACCAAGGUGGCAGCUUGCAUUGAAGACGGGCUAACCUGGCCGCUUCGGCCUUGACACACUACACCUUGUUGCCCUAGAGACACGUUAGCACCUGAACCCCUCAGCAGCGGGGGAAAAAAACAGCCAGCGAAGCCGACUAUUCAGCUGCACAGAGCAGUGUGAAGUUGCAGCGUUGUCGAUGUGCGGUGCGCGCGCUUCCCCAGGAUCCCCGCGCGCGCACGCGAGCCUUCGAAUGUCCCGCGUCCGUUCCAUUGGAACUCGGCUGGUGGCGCCUCGCGCUCCGGGCACCGAGCGACUCUGCAGCAGCAGCUUGUUGUCGAUUUUGCCCCAACUCUCGACCCCUUGUGGUAUUUUCUCACUCCCAUCACCGUUCCUUUCGUUCCCCUCGCCCCAACCCUUUAUUUUAGUUCAAUUCAAGCCCUCGGCAUGGCGGCAGCAGUCGGCUCGGCCUCGCUUCGCACCACCGCCUCUCGCUUUGCAUUGCUGAGGGUGGAGGGCGAUUCGUCCGAUUCCGAUUCGGACUCCGGGCGGAUUAACGGCAGUCACCGAAUCGGGAAAGGUGGCCGUGUCGGAGCAGCUAAGAAAAACAACAGCGCGCAGUCUGGGGCCGCAGGCGGUGGCAGCAGCAAUGAGAAGAAGAAACAGAAAAGGAAGAAGAAGAAAGAGCAGCAGCAAAGCGAAGCGAAUGAGCUAAGAAGUCUGGCUUUUGGAAAAAGUAUUUCGAAAUCUUGUUCUGCUGGUGUCACCGGAGUGAACGCUGGGUCUUGCCAGUCAGAGCAUUUCCUGAACUGCCAGAAUCCACCAGUGGCAGAGGGUGAGAAGUGGGAGCAGUGGAGAGAAAAGGACGAACAGCUGACCAGCGAAUUGUAUGAAGCAGAUCUCCAAAAAGCUUUACUGAUUAGCAAGUUGGAAUACGAGGAGCAUAAGAGUUGUCUUGAUGCUGAUAAUACUUCUCCUAAAACAAAAGGACCGAGUAGAAAGGAAAAACGAAAACACCUUCAGGGAAAAGAUAAACCAGCCACAGUUUCAUUGAAAGAUUUUCAGACUGAUGGAAGUACAGAUCAGACAAAUAGAAAAUCUGAGGAACCAAAAUCUUUACAUGCAGCAACAGAAGAGGAUAGCUUCUUUAUUAAACUAGAAGAAGCUGCAAGUAAAAUACUGUCAAUGGAGAAAAGAAAGCAAGUACCAACUUCUAAUGGAUUGGACAGUAUUUUGCAAGAGAGCCAAGAAGUUAGUUCCAAUAAUGCAAGAACUGAACACUUAAAAGAUCAACUGGAAAAGAAGGAGCUAAAAAUUCUUCAGUUGAAACAAACAGUUGCUGAGUGGGAAACAAAAUAUAAAGAAGUGAAGGCUAGAAAUGCUCAGCUUUUGAAGAUGCUACAGGAAGGUGAAAUGAAGGAUAAAGCAGAAAUACUUUUGCAAGUUGAUGAACUCUUGAGUAUUAAGAAUGAAUUAACUUUACAGGUUACUGGUUUACAUGCAGCCCUGGAACAAGAAAAGUCAAAAGUCAAGCUACUACAGGCAGAGUUAACAAAAUUUCAGGGAGGCAAGAAAGGGAAGAAAGUAUCUGAAUCUGAUCACUGAAGAUUGCAUGAUUUACAUACUGUGAAGCCCACGGCAAAAAAAUCCCACAAGAGAAACCUUUCUUCAGGGUGCCAUUGUAGACACUUCUUGUUAUUGCAUAGUUGGAUUUUGCAAUCGAUUUGUUCUGCAGUUCUUUAAAACUUUUGUGAAGGCUUUUCUCCUCCAUAUCACUUCCAACCAGGAAGAGUUGGGUGGGAAAUUUAAUUUUGCACUUUUGAUGGAGUGGUCUAGGUACUGAUGACUGAAAGAUGUCUUGACGAAUGACAUUUAAAAGCUUUUCCUUUAGGCUUCACAAGCUUAAAAGUAGCAGCUAUUUUUUUUCUUUCAGAAGUUAAUUUUGAUUUGUAAUCAAAGACAUUGCUUUAGAAUGAUUCUUUGCUUGUUAGGUGAAGAAACCAUCUUGUUUCAAUUGCAAGUGGCUGUUGAGUGUCCAAGUUGACACCGUAGAUUGAAACGAAAAAUGUACAGGUGGGUAUGGUCACAAGGUGUGAAGUGGUAAUUUUUCAUUCUGAACCUCGUGAAGGCUGGUCUCGACAGGAAUGAGGAGUAUUACAGAAUUUGGGUAGUGUUGAGGUGGGGAUGGAAGAAAUAAUUGCCAACAAAUUAGUUUGUGGGGCUCAGUGGAGCUCCUAUUUGGGCUCCAUAGUGGAAAAUGAAUGAAAAGAUCUGCUCAUCAAGUGAAUGGAAAGCAAUAUUUUCAUUAUGUCAGAAGAUUCUGAUUCUUGUUUGGUCCUUGGUAUAUUUGACUUUGGAAAAAUAUUGUUUACCAGCUAUUCUAGCUUUAUGAGCAUGUACAAAAAAGACAUUUGUAAAUAACCCAGACUUGUUUUUGAAAUACAAAUAAAUAGUUUCCAUUUUGAUCAGUAUUGAAUCACAAAAAAUGCCAAAAUUUUCUUACUUUCCAAUGAAUUGCAAUAAAGUUUAAUUCAACUGGACUUCACAUUUUUAUAUGUGUACAUUUUUUAAAAUUCUAAUUAUGUGUUUACAAGGCAUUUCAUUUACUUAUGCUCCCCAACUCUAAACUCUGACUUCAUUUCAAAGUUAGUUUUGGAUCUUAGAUUGUUAAUUGUGACUAAACCACGCUGGAAUUUUGGAAAAUAAAACUGGACAUUCUGUCUUGGAAUUGUCUUUUCUAAAUCUAAGUAAAGUGGAAAAACUCUUACUCAACUCACAUUCUUUCAUCUUCUGGGCGUUUUCAGCAACCGAAACACUCUCUUCCAUUAUGCAGAGCAGCAGCCUUGUUGAGUUCAUUGUGCAUGUAUUAAAUUGUACAGUAGCUUAUGUAAAAAGCCUUGUAGCUUGCUGUAACAAAGUAGCAUAAGCUCCUCAUGUGCCUCGAGCAGUUUUUUCUAUUGAGCCAGGAUGGUCUGUCUUAUAUGCUUUGAUCUGUGAUGAGUGUACGGU